AUGCGUUUCUCAACUCUCGCAUUUGCUGCCAUUGCAGCCCUCCCAUCUGCCAUCUCUGCUUUCUCUCUCUACGACAUCUCUUCUGACCUUGGGGAUGCCAACGACAAGUGUGCUUCUCAAUACUCGAUUCCCCUCAUGUCCUGUGGUUUCCUCCCAGGCAAGUGCUCAGAAGCUUGUCAAGAGCAAUUACAGUCCCUUGAGAAGACUCUUCAGGGAGUCUGCAAGGAUGCUAAGAAGCCUCAGAACCUUCUCCUUGCUGCUUUGAACGACGGUCUCGUCCCUGCUCUCUGCUCGAAUGCAGCCAGUGGUGGUAGCAGCGGCGGCGGUUCUGGAGGAAGCGAUGAUGCUCCAUCUACCACCCCAACUUUUAUGUCUGGACCAGGAAAGACUCCAUCACCUUCUGUCGCUCAGCUCAGUUUCUCCGGUGUUCUUGAGGCUACUUCUGCCUCCGAGGAUCAAUCCGAACCAACUGGUCUUGUUAUCGACACUUCGGUUCCUGAAUCUAGCGUCACUCAGACUGUUGCUUUCCCGGAAAAUACCUACGCUUCAACCACUCUUCGGACUUCUAGCGCUGCAGCCAGCACCACAGGCCCCAGCUCAAACAACAAUGGAGGCACUAACGGCAGCCCAUUCAGCUCCCAAGAUGAUGCCCCAAGCAGCGGUGCUGUCGUUCGCGUCAGUGCUUUCGGUGUUGCCAUUGGAGUUUUUGCAUUGAUUGCCAACAUUGCCUAA